AUGAUCCGACUGGUUUACUCAAACUACCCGCUCAUCUUCUACUGUUUGACCUUCCUUGUUGUGAAGCCUCAUUAUUUCUGUACUGGGUUAUCGGUACCACCAUCACAUGAAAAGACGCUGUCACAGCCACACGACCUGCUCUCCAAUCCAUCCCUGAACCGCCGUUUGUUUGUGGCAUCGGUUCCUUUUUGGGCUAUUAUAGCUACUACUGCUGGAGUAUCUCCGUCAUCUGCCGCUACCAGUACUUCCUAUUCGGAACGACUCGAACAAGACAAACUCAAUCUUCCCGCACCAUCCUACGCCUCGGAACUCAAUGGCGUCGACAAUACCUACUUUCCACCCUUCCUGGCAGGAACUUGGAAUGUCACACAAACACUGGUCAGUGUCAAGACACCUUUGGGCAUCCAGUUUGCCGGUGGACCCAAUGGCGACAUUCAAAUUGCCCAGUCCAGCAUCGAUCAAAUGAUCACACAACAACUCGACAAACCCGUGCAAUUACAACUACGUUACAUCCCGACCAAAUGGGGUGUCGCCGAAGAUCGACUCUUUAAUACCCGACAACGAUUGGAUGCAUUUGCCGGACGAGCCGUCGUGGCAUCGGUCGAAUACGCCAAUGUGGGAGGAUCCAAUCGAGCUUCCGUUUUGGCAAUGGGAGGACAAGACACGGAUCCCCUGCAAACCACCAUGAUUCGAUUCAAAGGACCCGCGGCGCAAAAGACAUUUGUUGUCUCGCAUGGUAGUUCUUCUACUUCUUCUUUGAGUGAUAGUAGUGUCUGGUCGGGAUACGAAUUGCAACGAUCCAUCUUUGCCCUCACCAACCAAAAUACGGCACCCCCCAUUACCACCGAUUCCGAACUCAUUUGGGAAUUCCAACCAACAACUACGAGCGACACCAUUGUCCAAGGACGACUGCGGAUUGCCGAAUACUUGAAUGCCCAAAAUGACAAACUCUACUUUGAAGCCGGCAAACGGGCCGUCACAUUGCAAGACUACACUCUGGUCAUGACCAAAGUAAGUGAGUGA